AUGGCUCAGCGGAGUGACGAUGACAACAACGUUUGUAAGCGAAAGCGUCUUACCGGGAGCUCUAAGUGGACAAUGAGUGCUAUUUCACGACAGAUAGCUGAACGUCAGGCCAAUUUAGACAUCGAAAAUAUGGUUAUGUUACCGCAAGACCAAUCCAGCGAAAAAAUUUGUGGCAGUAUAAGUCCGAUGGAUUUGGAAGUUUCUCCAAUAUAUGUGAAAUCGGAUUUCUCACAAGAGCCAAAGAAUAUGAAGGCUUCUUUUUUCUUUAAUGAUGAAAUGGAACUGCAAGAUAUCGCCGAAAACCAGGUGUUGUCAACUCCCACUCAAUUAAUAGGAUUUUCCCCUGAUGUUGAAUCCAUUUUGAUGGAAUCUGAAUUCCCAGAGGCAGAGUUUGACGAGGAGUUCAACAUUAUUUAUGAAGAUGAUAAUGAAGAUCCAGAUGAGGAAGAUCUUGAACUAUGCGAGAAAGCGGGAAAUGAAUUUGAUCGCAUUCAAAUUGUACGAUUACUUUCAGCUGCAUUCUGUUUGAAACAUGGUUUGUCUAAGUCAGGCCUUGGUGAUUUUCUUGACAUUUUAAAUGUUUCUUCUGGGCUUAAUCAAGACGACGAGCUUAGAAGUCCAUAUAUGUUUAUGAAAAGAUAUGGGCUUUUAAAAGGCGACCUGAAAAGAAUUUAUCCGUGUUCUACAUGCUCCAAGACACUGAAAAACGGCGAGAGUGGAUAUCCGACAGAAAUUCAGCCCUGUGGUCACAAUUAUUGCAAGGAAACAUCAGACAAAUGCUACACUCUGUUGCUCCCCGUUGAAGAACAAGUGAGAUUUUUUCUCCGUCACCAUGGAAUUUAAAAAAUUCCACAAGAAACUCUUGAUCAAGAUAGAAAAGGCGACGUCUUUACUGGGGAUCGUUACAAGCAGUACGUGAAAGACGGUCUCAUCAACGAGCGAACAGUAACCAUGCAAAUUAACACAGAUGGCGCUCAAAAAUUUAAAUCGAGUAAAUAUUCCUUCUGGCCCUUUAUGGGUACUGUAAACG